AUGGUGAACAUAUACAAGCACCGUACUUCAAUGAAGCCACAAGAGUAUUCGCUUGAAAACAAUCUCACACCCUCUAUGAGUCUCAUUGAGAUUCGACAAGAACAAGUGCUGGCGAAGAAGAAGAGAUUGCAUCACGCGAUUGAUGUCAGCACAACAUUUGUGGGAAGUGAGUUAUCUUUCACGCUUCUCGGUCGCUGA